GACCAUCGACGAGAGAUAACUCGCAUCAACCAUUAUCGUCAUGUUUUCCGUUGCUUGCUUCACCGCCGGGCAUGGACCAGGCCGAACCGCCUCAGAAGCGACAAGUUAUGCGAUACUACAUUACAGUGUUGAGUCAUUUCUUGACUGCAAGCGAGCAGUUCAACUCUUUCCUAUCUGGUUCGUCACUUUCUGAAUGAGUGAGACGCACCUGCGUAUGUCUCGGUGGGCUGCAACUGACAAUGAGACCCUUUCAGAGUUCCUACCAAUGGCUAUGGAGUCUAGCGUGCUUUACGAUGCACUGGUCGCUUUUGCUUCUGGUCACUUGUCACUCUCGAAUGAGUCAUAUCGAGUCUCUGCCUUGGAAGCACACUCGACAGCAAUCACCAACCUCGCCACAGCCCUCGCCAGACCACAGCAUGAAAUCACAUGGUACGAAACCAAAGCAGCAACAUGCUUAGCCUUUGUUAUAGGUGAGGUAUGCGUGGGAGAUAACGACGGAUGGUGUGCCCACCUCAAUGGUGCCAAGCUCAUCAUCGAGUCCGCCGUGGUCAAUUCAAGCUCAGGGACGACCUUGCGAGGACCCGAAGUCUUCAAAAGGAGCUCUGAGGGCCAGUGGAUUCUCCGAAACUUUGCGUAUCAUGACAUGAUUGGCAGUGUGACCAUGCGGAGGAGGCCGCUGCUGGACUGCAGUUAUCUGGAUGGCAUCACAGACGUUGUCGACACCUACCUGGGCGUCGCCACAGAUCUUUUGCGCCAUGUGGCUACUUUGAGUAGCAUUGACGAAGAGACCAGACUCGAUGUUACUCUGGGAGCUGAGGAGAUAACCAGAAGAAAGGAGUUGUUUCAUGCCACCUGCGAAGGAGUCGAGCAAGAGCUGCAAGACUGGCGAUGUAGGUCAGAUGCCGCUCCAGAACUUGCUGCUCUGGCGCAUGCGUUCAGGAGCGCUGUACUCAUUGUGCUAUUCCGACUGAUACGGAGUCGACUGAGUUCGGAGGAAGAGUCUACUCAAGGAGCAAGCUUUGAAGUAACGAGAGGGGAGAUGCUACCGACAAAGAUGCGGACGCAGGUGUCCAACAUCCUGAGGCACGUCUCAGAUAUUCCGGUCGGGUCACAUACCGAGUCGGCAAUACUUUUUCCUCUCUUCCUUGCUGGCGGCGAGGCGACUGAGGACGAACACAUAGAUGCUGUCCGUGUUCGGUUGCAGAUGACGUUGCAGAAACGACGGUUCCAGAAUAUUUCUCGUUCUUUGAUAAUACUAGAAGAUUUAUGGCAAAGGCGGCAAAAUUCAGAUUUGGCGGAGGAGGCAGACUGGACCGACAUCUUGGAUGAGACUGGGGAACAUCUUCUCUUAACUUAGGGCCGAUUAUCGGUACAAUCUACAUGACUCUACUAACACGAGAGAAACGCACAAACAAAGGCUAUAGCUAAAUUGAGCGUGAGAUCUAGGAAGGCCAGCAAGAUCGGAACCGGUCCUUACCCCGCAUUAGGCAGACGCAAAGCCUCCACACACGCCAGAUACGCCAUGCAGAUACGCCUUAAGCCCACAUGAUACCGUAUCAGAU